CGUGGUAGGGUCGAAUUCCAUCCACCCAUUUCCUCCCUGUUGCCACGAGCAGAGGCCAGCACUCGCUGGGUCCAGACCGAAUCCGCCCUCGCAGUGGUCCUUUCUUGGGCGGCGGCCCUAGUUGGGUUCGUUUCUGUUUCCAUGAGUCCUCAUGACCUUUUCCCCGGAGAGCUAGUACCACCUGGCCCUUGGGGGAACGCCUCUCCAUAUUCCAUGUUCAAAUAUUUAAGAACCCUCCUCGUCCGAGGGAUUGGUCUCGUUGCUAUCAUCAAUUGAAUCUCUCAUCAAAGCAUUCAUUCAUCUUGACUCAGAUAUCUCUGGUGAAUUGAACCACGUCGGAUCUUCUGCUCUUUCUGAACCCUCUACUUCUUCCUUAUCUUCUCUAUCUACCAAGUUCUUUGGUCAUAUACUUCCCAUAUCAUAAUGUCUGUUUCUAUUGAGACCAGUGACUUUGCUCCCGCCCCUGUCGCCGUACAGGACGGUCCUUGCCUUGGAUCCAAGACUAGAAUGCCCGAGUUCAGCCUGGCUGGAAAGGUCGUUUGUGUCUCGGGAGCAGCCCGCGGUCUUGGUCUGACCCAGGCCGAAGCUCUUUUGGAAGCCGGUGCUAGAGUUUACGCCUUGGACCGGUUGGAGGAACCCUCCCCGGAAUUCUACGAAAUCCAGAAGCGUGCUCGCGAGGAAUUGGGCACGGAACUCAACUACCGUCGAAUUGAUGUCCGGGACACCGAACUACUGAACAACGUCGUCGAUUCAAUUGGCCAGACCGAAGGUCGCCUGGAUGGACUGGUGGCCGCCGCCGGCAUUCAGCAGGAGACUCCUGCUCUCGAGUACACCUCUCAGGACGCCAAUACGAUGUUCGAAGUCAACGUGACUGGCGUGUUCAUGACCGCUCAGGCAGUUGCCAAGCAGAUGAUUCGGUUUGGAAACGGCGGUAGCAUUGCGCUGAUUGCCAGCAUGAGUGGCACCGUUGCCAAUCGGGGUCUCAUCUGCCCGGCCUACAACGCCAGCAAAGCCGCCGUGCUCCAGCUCUCGCGCAACCUGGCCAUGGAGUGGGGCCCCUACAACAUCCGGGUCAACACCAUCUCCCCCGGCUACAUCGUCACCGCCAUGGUCGAGAAGCUGUUCGUCGAGUACCCCGAGCGUCGCGACGAAUGGCCCAAGCAGAACAUGUUGGGCCGUCUGUCCACCCCCAACGAAUACCGCGGCGCCGCCGUUUUCCUGCUCAGCGACGCCAGCACCUUCAUGACCGGAAGCGAUCUGCGCAUGGACGGUGGCCACGCCGCCUGGUAAACGACAAGCAUCUAACGGCCAUUUCACUUUGCAUCGUACUUAAUUUUCAUCCGGUUUUAUUUCCUAUUGCAUGGCGUCCGGGGGGAUAGCGAGCGAUCGAGCGUGGUUUCACAUUCAGGUUCGAAUUUCAAAUGGGGGGAACCCAUCGUCAUGACGUCUGAUUUCUCUCAUCCUCAGGAUUUCAUCCCGGGGCGACAAGUGUUUUUUUUCGUGAUUUUUUUUCAUUCAUUUUUUUUCUAGCGCCACCGGCUCGGACUUGGGCAACAAGGGAAGGGGUUGUUUUGGACUUGACCAGGUUUUUCUUUUUUAGACCGUUGCUCUUCACUUCCAUGUAUCUAGUAUCCUACAAUAUUACCACCUAUUAUCCAAGA